CAUUUAGUUGGGUGUUCACAAGUUGUCGAGACAUCGUGCCGUGCGGCAGAGUGACAUCCGCGUCCGACGUUAUAGUUGCAGGCUGUUCUAGAGGUGCACACGCGCAGAACAUCACGUUUGUCGGAUUGCGUGUCGUGAGUCAUUGUUGUGUUGACAGUUGAAGCAGGUCGGUCCUCGUGUCACCGUCGUCCGCUGAAAGAGUCGGACGUGCGACGUGUAUGGAAGUCGUGCGUUAGGUGGACGGGAAAUACACCUUCUGCGUCUCAACUUUCGGAGCGAUAUCGCGAGGCGCAUAUACCACAUACGCCGCGAGUGCCGCGGGACGAAUGUGUUGAUACGUGGACGUUUUCCUGUGUGUCGCAUCUGGUGAGGGGAAAGAGACGAUCCGAAGGGACCCGUGGCGAUACAAGUACCGUCAGUGAGUCUACGAACCGGACUGCACGGUUAUGUAACGACGGUGAAAAAGUAAACUGGUGUGCUCGGUGGAAAAACAGAGAUUCGCAAACGGAAUUGAGCGAUCGAUUAUCGAAGGCAACCGAUCGUCGCGUUUUAACAAUUACUCGUGCUACGAGCGACGGCGAAGUCAGCGGAGAACAGCUCUAGUCGCGCAACGAGUACUCUAACCAAACUUUCGAUUGGCAGGCAGUCAGUUCCGCGGCAUCGAUGGUGCGGAGUACGACGAUGGAGCAGACGUUCUACGAGGACACGAGCGUCUACGUCGCCGUGAAUCGCGAGAACAACGUGGGCCAGCUAAAACGCAAUCUAACGCUAGAUUUGAACGGAUGUCAGAGACAGGGACCUCAGGCGAAGAGGCCUCGAUUGGGGCCUCUACCGCCGGCGUUAAACAUGCCGCCUAUUUUGAGUUCACCAGACUUGAACAUGCUGAAGCUCGGCUCACCAGAGCUGGAGAAGUUCAUCAUCUCCCAACAGGAGACCUUAACGACGAAUUUACCAACGCCUACGCAGAUUUUGUUCCCGAAGGCUGUCACCGAAGCUCAGGAACUCUACGCCCGUGGUUUCGUUGAUGCUCUGAACGAACUUCAUCACUCGGACAGCUCCCAGGAACCAGGCAGCAUCCAUGGAGCGACGUACACGACCUUGGAGCCACCGAGCAGCGUGCAGAGCACAGAAUCUUCGGUGAGCCAGGGUCUGAUCCAGAUAAAGGAUGAACCCCAGACGGUGCCCAGCGUGUCCAGUUCACCAGCUAUGUCCCCCAUUGACAUGGAGAACCAAGAGAGGAUCAAGUUGGAGAGGAAACGUCAGAGGAACCGCGUGGCCGCUUCCAAGUGCCGCAGGCGCAAGCUCGAGCGCAUUUCCAGGCUCGAGGACAAGGUUAAGCUGCUCAAGGGCGAGAAUACCGAGCUCAGCGCCGCGGUGCACAGGCUGAAGGAGCACGUGUGUCGGUUGAAGGAGCAGGUGAUGGACCACGUGCAUUCAGGUUGCCAGAUCAUGGCUGUGUCAGGUCAGUUCUGAGCCGACGGCCCGGACGGGACUCUCUGACGUGUGUUUCGUCUGGUGACAUGGCUUCAGUAAACGUGGUGACGGUCCCUUGGUCACGGAAAGUUCCCACGAGGGAAACGAUGGACGUUGUCCAUCCGAACGCGUCGUUUUCGUUGCCCUGUUUUCUUCGUUGUUUCCAUGGAGAAAUACGGGGGACGGUGAAGUGUUAGACGGCGUGAUAGAAAGGGAGUGCCUUGGUGUGCCGCGCCGGGGGGACAGAUGUGCUUCCCGAAGGGACACGGGUCGACGAUGGAGAUUAAUAUCAUCUGCAUCUCUGCGUGUGGCUCAGCCAUACGCACGUGAAACGCGCUGCGUGGAACGCUCGCGGCCCUGCGGAUAGCGGCGCGGAGAAGAGGAAGCUUGGAACUGUAUAGUACCGCGGUGAGGAGCGGGGAACGCGGGGAAGAGGCGAGCGGCGAUGGAGAAAAAGGAGAGUGGGUGGGACUUGACGGAGAAGGAAGAGAGGGACCUCGCGGAGCGCGGCCAUUUUGGAGAACCGCGAGUACUGGCGGGAGAUUCGAAUUUCCGCGGUGCCUAGAACAGGGAUAGGGAAUUCACGAUUUUGGAGGCUACUAUGUUGUCAAUCGCGACGAUUGUUCUUCAUUUAUAAAAGAUGGAUUCUCAAAUAUUUAUUCUAGAUAUAUAGAAUUGUAAAGUUAUUGUAGCACUUUGGUGGAAAUUAAUUAUAAUUUGAAGUUCGUUUCGUAGGUUCGUUUCUAAAAAGAAAUUAAUUUAUAUGUAGACACACAUCUCUUCGGAAUAUCAGUAGCGGCCUUGCAAUGCUAGAUUCCCUAUCCUUGACCUAGAAAUUUUCCAUUUUAUAAUAUUCGAGGGAAACUCAAUCAUCGGCGAGAAUCUGUCGAGGCCAAGUUGUCCUCGUUAAAUCGUCGUUUUAUUUUCGUUUUCUCUUCUAUUCUUUGUUCACUUGCUCGAGUUUCCCUCCGCCGGGGAAUAAUACCUCUUUGCAUUCUUUGUAUUUGAUCCACCGAGAUUGUGAUCGGUUUCGUGUAGUUUUUGUAACGAGCGCGUGUGCGCGCUCAAUUAGUAACUAUUUGUCGUUACCGCGGAAUCUUCCGAGUCGCUUACCAUUUUCUCUUGUUAGGAGUUUGAAUUGUCGAGCGAUCAGGAACGAUCCUCGCUUGGUCCGGGAUUUCGUGGCAAUCCGCGAACGGGAGACGUUUUUUCUUCUUUGGCAAAUCUUUUUAUACUCUCGUGACGCGAACUUUAGGAGCGAUCGCGCGCGCUUUUUUUUUCUUCACGUUGAAUAAAUUAUUUUAUUCAAACGAAGCAAGCUUCUGUCGAAGAUUCGUAGGAUGUACAUAAUAACGCUAAUAUACGUAUUCACGCGCAGAGUAACAAUUAAUAGUUUGUAAGAUUCGUUUUUUUUUGUGGGAGGGGAGGGGGGCGAAUGUGUCGAACGUACGUGUAAGAAGCGACUGAAAAACAUAGUGCUUUUUACGGUCGGAAUCUUUGGCAGAGACGGGCAGAAUUUUCGUCGAAUAAUAGAUGAAUAAAAACACGAUAUUUUAUUCAAAUGUCAUAGUUUGAUUGCAAUUUUUAUUCGACGAAUAACACAUCGAAAGUUGUUUAUUCUUCGAAAUUUUUAUCUACAUAAGAAGUUCGCCCAGCUCUGAUCUUCGGUGCCUAGACGCGAAUCAAAAACGCUAAUUGUUAAGUAGCGUAAACACGGUGCUGUAAAAAUGUACUCGAAGAACACACGCGUUAGAUGCAACAGUUGCUAUCCACUUUUCAUUUCCUUUUUUUGGUGAAACAAUCGCGAGCUUACGAAAUUCUUCGAUACUUUCGACCGACGAUUUCUCGACCUCGAUCGUUUAACCCCAAUUUUUCUGAGAGUACUACCAUUGUUUUAAGGCUGUACAAAUAGAAUAGGUGAUGGGAGCAGUUGCCGGCGUUGAAAUCACCGUCAGAGAUCAUCUUCUUGUCGCGUUUGGAUGCGACGCACCGAAUUCCUUCCCUACUUGUCGUCGCAAAAUGUUUGUAAAACAGGUAGUUUAACCCAGGUGUGCCUGAAUGUUGUUCUGUUAUUUAAACAAAAAUCGUUACAUCACAAAUUUUAAAUAUACAGUUUAGGUAUGGCAUAUUUAAGUAAGGAAAAAAGUUUCAGCUAAGUAACGUCGUCAGGAUAUCUAAAUUGAUACUUUUAAAAGAAUGUAGGCUUGAAAUACUUCAGGUACAUUACAAAUCUUCCUGGAAGAACGUCAGACUGGGUUAACGAUAUACAACAUUUAUAUUGGAAUAAUAGUUGAUCUCUUAAAUUCUUUUUGCUCGGUGCAUCGUGUCCAGACUGCAACUCUCCACGAGAAAGCCCCGAGAAUCUUUCCUUCUUAGCUUUUAAGCCUAGCCGUGGCGCAACCAAAAAUUGUCAAAUAGAAGGGGGACAGUAUUUUUUUCGUAUAACAAUAUUUAUAGAUGAACGUAACUAGAUUUUUACAAUGAUAAUUCCUCUUUUAUUGCGAGGUACGUAUCGCGACGAAUUGUUUAAAUACUUUACAAACGAGGGACAAUCCCCUGCCCCCUUCUGGUUGCGUUAACAGUCGGAGACUGGUGUGUAACGAGUCGCGUCCACCUCGGUUCCUCGACAUCUCCGCGUGUCUUGGAGCCUCUUUUGUUUCGUCAUAUGUGCAUCUAGUCUUGUCCAGUAUGCCCUCGUAAAUUAUGCGUACCACGUGCUAUGCGCGGGGAUCUGCAUAAAAUAUACACACAAGUGCACAGGCAUCGAUUGUGUUACCACGCGCGGCGACGACGCUGCAUUUCAAAGGAAUACAAUGCAAAUGGAAAUCGAUUUUUCGCGCGAACGGGGAAAGAAACGUCGGGAAGGUUCGCUUGGGUUGCUUUUCUUUCAAUUUCGAUCGAGCCACGUGGUAACAGAAUCGCGCAGCGUUACCGUUGUGCCAUUACGCAAGGAAUGAUGAAAAAGAAAAGAAUAGGAUUUCCCUCGGAGUAUCGCAACACUUCUUGUCUAUUUGAUGGUCAAAGUUGGCCAAUUACUACUCUAGAUUCCGAUUACUUCUGUUCAUCUGUGGCGCAACAUAUGCAUAAUGUGUUAUUCGUAGAAUACGUUUCGUAAAUUAAUGCAAUAACAUUCACUCUUUGCACGUCUAAGAUUCAGGCACUUAUGUGCGCUUGUGUUUGGUUAAUACGAAUUUGAAGUUUGAAAAUUGCCUUAGAUUCAGAAAUGUAAGAAAAAACUGCUUGAAGUCGAUUACCAACGUACAGCCAAAUUUGUUGGAGUGCAAAUGGUUGAUGUUAAUAUUUUUAGGCAUAUGUUCCUCGCAUUUUCCUGCAAGUGCAUAAAAGCCGCAGUCUGGUAAUCGUAGAUAACAUUAGUAAUCUACGAUCAUGGGUCAGUAAUCUCACUAUUCGUAAUCUUCCGAAGCUCGUUCUACCAGGUUAAUCACGUUGUUGAUUGUGAUUACUUGAUAAUCAGGAAUCGCAUGCUAGGAAGGAAUAAUAAUCGAGAGCUCGUGCGUUUCUUCGUCGAUUCAACGAUGAAAUUGUCCCUGAAUCGGGCGAUUCCACGGAAUCCCGCGACCAUUGUUGCAAAUUCCGUCGAAUCGUCUUGACUUUUCGUUACGUAGCGUGGAUUACGUAACUCCCAGGUUAGGAGACUCUGAAUUCACGGUACGUGCGGCCGAUAACGUGCCGCGAAUAAUCGUCGGAGGAGCGAUAGUCCGGUUUUGCGACUCAUUUUCGUCAUCGCCCAUGUCGAUAACGAAGAAACGCUCAGUCCCCAAAACAAACCAGAAACAAUGAAUGUAACUGGGACAAAUAAUGAAAAAAAAAAAAGAACACUGCGAAUUGUUGCGAUGCUUCGGUUCCGUAGGUCACGAACUUGUUCAGCAUGAGGUGUAGGUUUAAUCUAAGUGGCGUACAAUAAGCGAACUUUGCCAUCGGGAGAUUGCAAUUCGAGAAAGGAAAAGAAAUUCGUUUAUAUUUUUUAGAUACACGUAUUACGGGGUCGUUGGAACAGUCUCUUGGGCGACGUUUUCAUCGCGGAGGAAAAAGAUUUAUCAAACAAAGAUUUCACUCGCUACUCUUUGUUUUAUUUAACUCUUGGAGUCCAUUCGAAUCGAGAACUCCUAAACGCUACCAAUGAAACUUUCAACCUCUGUUCCCUGCGUCUUCGUGACUUUCGCGCAGAGUUGGGCAGAAUUUAUUAUUAAUAAGAACGCUAGUGGAAUACUUCAUUCCAAUCAUUUAAAUUCUAAUUUUUAUUCAACUUUUAUUCGAGACUUGUUUACAGAUAAAAGUUUGGACGUUUUUGUGUCGAAUCUGAAACACGAGAACAUUCUACAAUUUAGAUUGUAAUUUUUAUCGAACAAAUAACGGACCAAUGGUUUUCCACAAUUUUUCGUAUCCAGAUUUCGCCCACCUCUGCUUUUUCACGCGCGACUUUCGGCACACAUAACUUGACAAUUUUAACCUGUAAUUUAUUUCUCGUAAUGAGUUAAGCGUGCGCUGUUUUCUCGUGCGUCGUUUUAUUUUUGAAAAAUUUAUUGUAAACGAACACCUUUGCUGGCAAGGACAGCGUUCCCUCGACGAAGAGCGCUUUAGCGAUAUCGUGUCGUUUCAGGGGGCGAGGAGGAGUCGUUGUCAACUUUUUGGAUAUUUGUAUGGUGUUGUUGUAAGAAGUGGGGCUCCUUUUCGUCGGUCUGUAUGUACACGAUGUGUUUUGUGAUGAGGAAAAUAAGAAUUAAGCGUCGAGGAACAUUUGUCUCGCGAAUCGGCCAUCACGUACUGCGUGCCUUUUUCACCAAGUAAUAAAUUCAGGGAUAGGCAAACUUCCGGUCGAAUAAAAAAUAAAUAAAAACUGAGAAAAAGAUUUUCUUAUCGAUAUACAAUAUCGUAUAAUUGCUUAAUAUGGAUUUUCAAUUUUCAUUAAAUCGCUAACGCGUCAAAUGUUGUUCAUCGUUUAUUCGUUAUUCGAGAAUUGUAUUCGAAUUAGAGUUUUGUCUAUCUCUAAACGAAACACCGCAACGUUGGUGAUUCCAAGGGCUCCUCGUGCACAUGAUUCUCUCUCUAUUUCUGAUGUCUUGUUUUUUUUUUUUUUUUUUUUUUAACGAAAAAUUGUGCACGAGGAUCGGAGGAAACACCGAACGUAAUUUUAAAACCCGGACCUUUUUAGCGGCUAAGACGACGAUAGAUGAAUUGAUAAUGUGAUCGAACUCUCGUUGUUACGAUCGACUGAAUUUAAGAUGCAUACAAAAUGCCAGUUAGGAAACGAGCGAGAAAAGCGGUGGCACAAAAAACGUAUGAAAGUAAAGGAAACCACAAUGUGAUUUAGUCUGUAAGUGAAAACCCCAUUAGAGUAUACAUAUAUAUAUAUCUAUGUAUAUACGUAUAUGUGUAUAUAUAUGUAUACGAGCGUGUCUGUAUAUGUAUACAUAUAUGUAUAUAGUUGGUACAGUGAUAACGAAACGACGAUAAGCGCAGCAUAUAUAGAGUUAUAUAUAACCCUAUACAUGAGAGUAAAUAUUGCUAUUAUUAUGUAAUAUUAUAUAUAUGUAUAUAUAUGUGUAUAUAUAUGUAUACAUAUGCAUAUAUGUAUAUGUAUGUAUGUAUUGUCUGCCGACGAGAGCAGAAGAAUCUUUUUUUACGAAUAAUUUUAUUUUUGAAUGAAAUACAAUGAAAAAUAAAAUUUCAUUAUAUUGAACGUA